AGACAUCAGUUCAGAUUUGUACAUACUUGGUGCGAAGUUAUAGCAAACAAAAACAAAAAAUGAAGUUGAUAGUUCUCUUGGUUACGGCACUUGCCGGGGUAGUUUCUUCAAGAAAAUUGCCUGACUUCGUACACAAAUGUAAAAUUUCUGAUCCAGAAAUCGGCAACUGUAUUGCUGAAAACAUAAAUAACCUUAGAUCGCGCUUUGCCAAAGGCAUCCCAGAACUAGGAGUUCCUCCUGCAGAACCCCUACUGAUUCCCAAAGCUGAACUAAAAUCCCCGAAUCCUGACGGUCUCAGAGCCAAUUUCUACGACAUUCACGUGUACAAUCCAUCGAGCUUCGAAAUAAAAAAACUGAACGUUGAUCCAAAAGGAAACACAAUCGAUGUUCACGUCUAUAUUCCGUAUUUACAUAUCACGGCCAAAUAUGAAAUGAACGGUAAAAUCUUGAUCCUUCAGCUAAAAGGAAGUGGACCAGGAGAAGUUAACAUAACAAACAUUGACAGCAAAGUUGGAUAUAAAUUAAGUCAACACGAGAAAAAUGGCAAACAGUAUUACCAACUCGAACGCGUUAGCCAAGAGCUGAAUUACAAGGUGACAAAACUCGGAUUCAAAAAUUUAUUCGAAGGAAGAGACGAUUUAACAGAAUCCACCAAUCAGGUUUUAAACGAAAACAUCGAUGAAGUUAUGAAGGAAUUUAAACCUGUCGUUGAUGAUACUGUGAAAGCUGUUGUCGAUGGAAUAGUAUUCCGAGUUUUUGAUAGAUUCUCUAUUAAUGAACUGUUUGAUAAUUAGAUAUUUUUUUGUUAUUGAUUUAUUUAUUUCAUUGCUAAUAAACAUGUUUAUAUAAUAGUGA